AUUUGUAAAAAAUAUCCAUCGGCUUAAAAGGCAAACAUAGUUUCUGGAGACAUCCAGAGGGAGAAAGAACCAUAGUCGCUUCAGGAUAAAUCUUAAAACCCACACGCUCAACAAUAAUCCUGAUCAUCUACUCAGAGCAAAUUUUAUUGAAAUUGUAAAUUUGAUCGUAUAAUCAACACCGUUUGCAUCGAAGCUGCAGAAAGAAUCGGUAGGAAUUGCUGUCAAAGUUCAUCAAAAACCGCGUAAUUGUACGAUGGAAGGUUAUUUUCCGAUGAAGUUGAAGAGGAAAGAUCUAGAUGAAGUUAACGACGACUUCUGCGACUUCUCCCUUUCUUCUCCGGCUAGGAAAAUCCGCCGUCUGGAUGCGGAAUUGCCCCCAAUAGUUGAGGAAGAAGAGAUGGGGAGUCCAUUGGUAUUUGAACAAUCGGUUCCCUCUCAAGCUACAUCCAUGGAACAAGUAAUGACACGUAGUUCGGUAGCCAUUAAUGAGCUGAAUGGUAGUCUUCCUGAGAAUGAAGAGAGGGCUAUUGUUCUCUACGAUCCCAUGAACAACAUUCCUUCAUUACAAUCUCGUUCACCUUUCUCCAUUUCAGUGAAUUCCGACUUCCUUUCAGGGUACAAAAGUGGCUCUGAGCCAAGCAAAGGUAGCCUAGCGGUGGUUCCAUGGGUGGCACCGCCUUCACACCACCGUGGAAACCCAGAAGUGGGGUUCCCUGAAGCAUCUGAGAUGAUGGAUGCAGAUGAUAUGGAAGCCAUAACCAUGGAUAUCGAAGAUGCCAACUCACAGCAAUUUCCAAGAAACGAGAUGAAUCAGUGGCAACAACAUUGUAUGAUUCCAGAAGCACCCAUGAAUUUGUCUACACCAAUUUCUUGGUCAGCCUCAUCACUCAUCAUUAGAACAAGAAACCAUGUGUUGAUGUUUGGAGAACCAAGAGGCGAGUUUAUUGCUCAAGAAAAAGCAAUAGCCCGAAGUUGUGCAAACAUACAGAUGAAGGAAGUGGUGUAUCGUUCUCGGGAUGUAUCGGAGGAUGUGCUCCAAUUUAUUGAAUAUGGUUCCGACGACCUUUUGGGGCGCUGGCCCUUGACCCCGCCCGCUGACCGGUCAAUGAGACCAUUGUCAGGGGCUUUGCUUAUUGGACCCUCAACCUUAAGGAAAGAUGGCAACACCGACUACCGCUAG